CAGCACUGCUCAUUGUGGAAAAACAAUCAUGCGCAAAAGUUGUAUUUUUAUCAGUAUAAGAAAGAGAAAAUGUAAAAUCUAAGCAGCUCACAAUGGACUGUCAUCACCGCAUUGAGGUCCCUUUGCGGGCUGGAAAGAAAAUGAAAAAGCGACGCGAGCUGGACGCCCUGAUCGCCACCCAGUCCUCGUCGAAGAGGGCCAACCGGAGGACCACUGGCGGAGCCACACAUUCCCAGGACAAGUUGCUCUCUGUUUCGACCGAUGACCCUGAUGAUUACGCAUGGACAAAUGUCGCUGGCUCCAGUCGCCGUAGCCAUCGGCAAAUUGCCUAUUUCCGCAUGUGCGGUCCGCUUUUAUUAGGAAUCAUUGGCAUUUUAAUUGUGGGCAUUUUGUACUGGCUCUACUUUGAUCUGCGCCAGCAACUCUACGACUACCGCCAGAAGAUGGAGGAGGUGUCUGCGAUGAGCAAAAACUUUCCGGACACGCUCCAGAGAUGGCACGAGACUUCGUCCUACCUGUUAAAGAAUCAAACUGUCGUCGUUAAUGAGAUCAGUGAGCUGCAGAAAACCAUGGAGAGUCUGCGGAACAACUUCAGCAAUCUGGAGGCGACGGUGGCGGCCCAAAGGAAUCACGGCAAAGAUGAGAAGCUGGUGGCCGACUUCGGGGCGAAGAUAGAGGCCGUGGCCACUGACAUAGAGGCUAUAAAGGAGCACUAUAACAAGUAUAUGGAGGUUCAAAAAUCCCUUCAAGCGGAAACAGAAGCUCUGAAGGUUAAUCUAUCGCAAUUGCCAACGCUACAGGCUAAUGCUUUGCCUGCCAACUUGUCGGACGAUAUUACAGCUCUUAAUAAAACCACACUGAACUCCCUUAAGCUUUUGGCAAACGACUUGAAGGAUGCCAAUAAUACCCUAAGUCAAACAACGAAAAUGCUUAGCGAGGAAAUAUCUCUGCAUAAGACGAAAAUAGACGAUUUGCUGGAUCGAUCGGAAAAUAUAACAUCCCAUGUUGCCACAAUUAGCAACAGUUGGCCGGAAUACAAGCAAAAAGUAACCGGCUUCGACGAGUCGUUAGAUAAAAUUGAAAAAGAGAUAACGUUAGCAAAUAGCAAGAAUAGUAUGCUGGCUGCCUCAAUGGAUCAGCUAAAGAGCUUUUGCAUUCAGAGCAUGGCUACAAACACAUCUCCCCACGUUGAAGAUGGCUCAGCAAUAACCAAGCUCGCCAACGAGAAAUUUAUAAAGCCGUCUGCAAAUGCCACUGAACAGCUCCAGGAGGCCCUGAAGCAAUAAGCCAGCCGUUUUACCCUUUAGUGAUUGUCUGUUGUAAUACCAAAUUUGUUCGAUUCCGUAUUUAGCCAUUAGGACAUCAAAGUCACAGCCAACGAUUGCUAAUUUAUAUUUAUCGUAUUUAACACACGAGACAGCUGCAAUGUACAUACGGUUCGAAGAGCUAUUUAACUUAAUGACGAUUAUGAUGCACGUGUGAUUUCAGUUAAGUUUACCUUUAAAGUCCGUAUUUAGGAGAGGCAACAUUGUACAUAGGAGAGUGUAAGUCAAUACUAUUAUUCACUUUAGAUACACGAUAUAUCUAUUUUAUUUCCAUAUAAUAAAACGAAACUAAAGCUCA